AUGACCCCUACGCUGACCGCGCCUGGACGCCACCGCCAGGGCCCAAUGCCGGUCAUGCCCAUCCCGCGGCGGGUGCGCUCCUUCCACGGCCCGCAUACCACCUGCCUGCAUGCGGCCUGCGGGCCCGUGCGCGCCUCUCACUUGGCACGCACCAAGUACAACAACUUCGACGUGUACAUCAAGACGCGCUGGCUGUACGGCUUCAUCCGCUUCCUGCUCUACUUCAGCUGCAGUCUGUUCACCGCGGCGCUCUGGGGCGCGCUGGCCGCCCUCUUCUGCUUGCAGUACCUGGGCGUGCGCGUCCUGUUGCGCUUCCAGCGCAAGCUGUCGGUGCUGCUGUUGCUGCUGGGCCGCCGGCGUGUGGACUUCCGUCUGGUGAACGAGCUGCUCAUCUAUGGCAUCCACGUCACCAUGCUGCUGGUGGGGGGCCUCGGCUGGUGCUUCAUGGUCUUCGUGGACAUGUGAGGGCCGUGGGCGCGAGCUGGACUCACUGCCCGUGGCUGUGUUCUCUCCAAGGGUGGGGCUGGCCAGCGCCUUCCCUUCUGCCCAUCCUGCAGGCCGGCACCGCUGCCUCGGUGUCCACGGAGAGAAAAGAAAGGGCUGAGACUUACGUGGUGGGGGUGCGGGUGCCACCCCUAGGCUGGCUUCCAGUGCCCACCCUCCUCUCGUGCACUCUCAGGGGCGGUGCCACCUACCGGUGGCUCCUACUCACAUGUCUUCAGGUUGUACUGCGGGGUGGGCCUCUCUCCAGGACCACACCUGCCAGGGACUUUAGACAUCACCCUGGGAGACCCCUGGACACAGAGGGCUGUGUGCCCAGGAGCAAAUCUGGAGGGCUCCCCUCGAUGACACACCACACUGCCACAAAGCUGCUCACUCUGCCAGGGGCCGCCUGAGGCCUGACACUGCCCUGUGUCACCCUGAAGGGCUGUGAGUCCUGAGUCCCAGGCCAGCCUGCAGGGUCUCCUUGGUUGUGUACAUGCAGUCUAGUGGGGGGACCCCAGGGGCUCAGAUAGGAGGGGCUUCAGCAGGUUCCCAGCUCUGGGGCUGGCCUGGGGGAAUGCUGGGAGCCAGGGGACUGACUCUAGCAACACUGGCCUGCCUGCCUGUUCCGAGAGGGCUGUCAAAAUGUCCAGUAGAAUCUGAAUUUCUGGGGAGGCAUCUCCAUUCCUUUCUGGCUUUUUUUGUAGGGGGUGGGGGAUUGGGCCUCUUUAUUUGAGGGGACACCCUCAAAGAAAGCCCGGGAAAUGGAGGCUGCAGUGAGCUGGGAUGGAGACUUGUGUGUCCCGAGUGUCUGGAGCAGGGAGCAGAGGCCUCAGUGCGGCAACCACUGACCUGGAACCUGUGUGGCACCAGUAGCCUCUUGCAGCCAUGGGCGUAUGCCAAGGUUCUACCCACACUGUCCUCCAGUGACUGGGCGUUCUGGAUGACAGCACAGGGACAGGGUUCAGGGAGGGCGGCCACCAUGGGCCAGGCUCUCACCUAAGACCCCGUGCUCUGUUCCUCUCAGCCUUGCAGUCACUGCAUCACUAUGGUGACUGCCCACAGCUGUGUGACUUUGGGGGCAGAUGGGAGGGCUCCCUGAAUGAUGAUUGCAGGGAUGAUGACAGAGGCCGCCCUGGAGCAGGACACAGGUUGUGGCACUCAGAUGGCAACCCUAGCUUCACCCCAGUCCAUGUCCCCACAUCCAGGCGUGGGUGGGCCCUGCCAGGCGGACCAGUGGCCCAGGAGCCAUGAGGACAGUUGUGUGCCACUGGAAGAAAAACUUUUUGAGAAACCCUAAAUCAGGUAGAGAAAGCAAAAAAUACUUGACUGUAAACCGUGCUCCCUGAUUUGUUGGCAAGCUUCUGUGGAUGACCGAGGAGCCCCGCUGAGUCCAGGCCCCGGGCAGGUGGGCAGGGAGCGUCCUUGCUGGGGUGGGGGGGAGUCUCAUUUCUUGCUGCAGAGAAUCUUUUGCACUAAGUCACGCUAUUUCCUCAAAUAAGCUUUGUUUUUUGUUAACGUGUUACUCAGAGUCGCCCAAGCUCCUUGGCAGAAGGAGAAGGAGUGGCUGGGUGUCAGCGCCACAGGGAGGGGCGGCACCGUGGUACACUCCAAGCACCUGGCUGCCUGCUGUCCCCAGUGCCUGUGAAUUCGUCAUGAGAUGAACCACCUGCAUUAAACCUAUUUUUUUAAUGUG